GUGGGUUCAUUCGCAAACGCACUAUGUCUUUUUGUAUUCCGGUCGAUUUGAAUUUUUAGGAGGGGUUGCAAAAUGUGUGGUGAUCACACUUGCUAACUGAAGGUGGUUUGCUUGGGAGAAAGACCACAUCUGUUCUUGGACAGUGCAUUCUUUGCUGGACAUGUCAUCAUUCUAGUUCAGAGAUGGGACCUAUGGUUGAAGGGUGUGUUGGCCCAAGUGAACUUCACUUGAGGAAGGAGCUUACUGCUUUGCGGAAGGCACGAUUCUUGCGAGAUCCUGAGACUUGCUCCACGUGGAGGUCCCCUUUGGAUUCUAGGCCAUUGGAGGCAGCUUCAAGCAUUGCACACAACGAUGGAGUUGGAGAUAGUAUAGCACCAAAGCAUACUGAAUCACCUGCACCAUCAAAAGGUGAAAAGAAGCAAAAAAGGGUUUAUCUCUACAACUGGAGGCAGUAUUCUAACAAGUCCAAUGGAAGUGGAAUGAAGUUAGAUGAGGACACUAAUCUGGAAAGUCCACACAAUUCUAACGGUGUGAGAUUGAAAGGCAAUGCGUUUCAGGAUUCUCCGGUCAACACCUACAAUUUUCAGAGCUCAACAUCAUGUACUCCCAUUAAAAGAGUAGCCAGAAGAAGCAGGGUUUUGUUGUCAAAGAAAGGAACAAUAAGAGAUCCAGCUGUUUUAAAGUUGCUUGAUCUUCAUGUCAACUCCGGUGAGCAAACUGAGGACACUGAGAACUGCAAUUCAGAGAGCCAGGAACUGUUUCAGGAGGGAGGUUAUCUUUCAGGCACAGCAUCUCCACCGUUUGCUGCGUGUGGAUGUGUGAGUGCUUCAAACACCUCCAGACUACUGAAAGUGAGUAGAAGGGAGGGAUCUUCCUUUUCUUGCACCCCUAUAUCAACUAGAUCCUAUUACAAACAUGGAAGAGCAAACUCAAGUACAAUUGGUUCAUGGGAUGGAAGGACUGCUACUUCUUUUGAUGGUGAUGAGUCUAACCAAUCAACAUUGUGGAGAAGUCGGAGGUCCCGUGUGCCUCCUGGCUACUCAUCAAAGAGGAAUAAACAUAAAGGAUCUAAAAGAAGUUAUUCUCCUUCACUCUCUGAUAUACUUAGAAGAAAAGGUAGCGGCCUAUUAUGCGGGAGUCAGACACUGCAUAGGAAGAAGAGAUCAUUUGGUUCAUUGAAGUGGGGCCAUUCAAAAACAUCUGCCCAUGGAAUGUCACUUUUAGAUGAUAGCUGUGAUUUUGGUUCUUUGUCGUUUGAUUCAUCAAGUGAUGAACUCUCAACCAAUGUAGGGGAGAUUGAUUUGGAAGCUUUGAGCCGGUUGGAUGGGAGAAGGUGGUCAAGCUGUAAAAGCCAGGACGGGGCAGCUGAUCUGGCAAUGGCAGACCGGAGAAGUUUGAGCCAGAAGUACAGACCAAAGAUAUUCACUGAAAUUGUUGGCCAAAAUAUUGUAGCACAAUCACUUAGUAAUGCUAUCACAAGGGAAAGGAUAGCCCCAGCCUAUCUUUUUCAAGGUCCUCGUGGGACAGGGAAAACAUCCGUUGCAAGGAUAUUGUCAAUGGGUCUUAGUUGCCUUGCUACUGAAGAUAACAAACCCUGUGGAAUUUGUAAGGAGUGCACAGACUUUCUCAGCGGAAAUGGAACUAACUUAAUUGAAGUUGAUGCAAGCAACAGGAAGAGUAUAAACAGAAUCAAGAACUUGCUGGAAAAUAUACCUCCAUCAGCAACUUCAUCCCGGUAUAAGUUGUUUGUUGUUGAUGAAUGCCACAUGGUAUCUUCCAAAAUGUGGUCAGCAUUUAUGAAGUUUCUUGAUGAACCGUUACCUCGUGUUGUCUUUGUAUUCAUAACAAUAGAUCCUGAUAACCUGCCUCGUGCUGUAAUAUCACGUUGUCAAAAGUUCGUAUUCUCAAAGAUCAAAGAUAUUGACAUCGUGUGUUGUUUGAGAAGAAUAUGUGUUAAGGAAAAUCUUGAUGUUGAGUUAGCAGCUCUAGAUUUGAUAGCUCUACAUUCAGACGGUUCACUACGAGAUGCAGAGACAAUGUUAGAUCAGUUGAGUUUGCUGGGAAAAAAGAUAACUCCUUCACUUGUCAAUGAUCUAGUUGGGGUUGUCUCAGAGGAGAAAUUGCUUGAUCUACUUGAGAUAGCUAUGUCGUCAGACACAGCUGAAACAGUCAAAAGAUCCAGAGAGCUGAUGGAUUCUGGUAUUGAUCCAAUGGCAUUGAUGUCUCAGUUAGCUGGGCUUAUCAUGGACAUCAUUGCUGGUACAUAUAAAUUAGCUGAUUCUACUGCCAAUGAUAUGGCAGUUGGUGGUCGAAGUUUAACUGAUGGAGAGCUGGAAAGAUUACAGCAAGCAUUGAAGAUUCUUUCUGAUGCCGAAAAGCAGAUAAGGCUUUCAAGUGAGCGUUCCACGUGGUUCACGGCAGCUCUAUUACAACUCAGUUGUGGUCAUAGUUCAGAAAUGAACCCAGCAAGAAGCAGCACUACAGAGUGCCACAAAUCAAUGAAUGAUGCAGUGACUGAAGCAGGAAGAGAAUCAUUGUCUAGCAGGACCGCUUCACAUUCUAUAUCAGCUUUUGGCGUUUCAAAGAAGCUACUUGACACCAAAACAACCAGUCUGCAUUCAAGCCCUCAGGCCCUUGCCUCGCAUUCAUCUAGGUCAAGAUUGAAUGUCAACUUUGCUUAUGGAGGAGAAUGUAUGUCUGUUGAUAGAAUUCUACAGGAUUCUACUCAAAGGAGUACAUAUUCUGAUCAAAAGGGCCUGAUGAAUGGAAACUCGGAUAGUCUUACCCAUAUCUGGAUGAGAUGCAUUGAAAACUGUCACUCCAAGACUUUGCAGCAGCUACUUUUCGACCAUGGAAAACUAGUUUGUGUUAGGCAAUGUGAAGGCUAUGUGCUUGCUUUUAUAGCAUUUGAGGAGUGCAGCAUAAAAUCUCGGGCUGAAAGAUUUUUGAGCAGCAUUACAAAUUCAAUCGAGACAGUGCUGAGGUGCACUGUGGAAGUCAGAAUGGGUCUACUACCUGAAUUGGUUGCUGCUGGGCUAGCAUUAGAGAUGGGGCCUAAAGUAAGACGAACCGAGUCUGAUAUCUUGAGUUGCUCAUCAAAUGGUGACCAACUGAAGGCUACUUUGAACACUUCAAAUAGAAAUUUUGAUUAUUCCAAAGAAGCAAAGAAAGAAUUAGAAGUUCCUACAAAUAUGUCAAAGAUACCAAUGGUCGAUGAGCAAAGGUUGGAGAGUGCUUGGCUCCAGGCUGCUGAAAAACACACGCCUGGCAUGAUAAGUCAAGCAAGACCUGAUAGACAUCAGGUUCUGCCACAACUUGUGAGCCCAUAUGAAAGGAGAUCCUCAAUGGCCCUGGUUGUGCCCUCGUGCCAAGCAGAUGAAGAUCUUGCUCAUGAGAUAAAGGCUCUGAAGAUCGUUGACCGUUACGGUGUCCAGAAAGAUCAGAAUGGACGAACUGACAACAGAAAUUUCAUGUCACCGAGCAAGCUGCAAACCGAUGAUUAUUGCAUGGAAAAUUGUGACAAAGAGAGCAUUUGCUCAGAACCUGGACGACCUGGUUGCCCUGGCCUUUUCCACUGUUGGCGAACUCAAAGAUCAAAGAGGAUAAAGGUGAAGAGACAGAUGCAUGUGAAAUCUUCUUGAUCUGAUAGAGCAGACAUGUUUGGUGAUCUAGCGAGCCCUGGAAUAGAAGGCACAUUUCAAAUAUUCGUUCUGCAGGAAAUGCCACAUAUAGCUUAGAAUUAAAAUUAAUAUGACACAACAUCACCAUCUUUCUCCCAUGAUUCAUUUUCUAGCAUGAUCACAUCGCUCUGAAUCUCUGAUGGCCUAAUAUUUCUGGCUUUCUUGAGACAGGAGUUGAGACAGUUUAGACUAUUUGUCAAGCAUGUUACCAUCAAGUGUUGUCGUUCUUGACAGUGUAUUUCAUAAGUUGCUCUAGCAAGUUUAUGGUGAGUUCUCAAAAUGGAAUUUGUCCUUGUACAGAUAUUUGAUCUCAUUGUUUUUGCAUGAAAGACUUGAUCCUAUGAGGAUUAUCUCA